AAAAGCAGCGUUUGGUAACGUGCGUGGAAACGUGACGCUCGUGCAGCCAGACGCCGGGAGAACGAGGCACUUCUGUCUCCGUGGAAGACUGUUGUUGUGUUUACAGCGCGGGUUAAUCAUUAUGGCUAGCUCUCGUAUUGUAAUAUGUUUACUAAGAAAUGACUUACGCCUUCACGACAACGAGCUUUUCUUCUGGGCUCAGAAAAAUGCAGACCACAUAGUCCCGCUUUAUUGCUUCGACCCCAGGCAUUAUGUGGGAACCUACAACUUCAACUUUCCAAAGACUGGGCCUUUUCGUCUACGCUUUUUACUGGACAGCGUCAGAGACCUCAGAAACACACUCCUCAGCAAGGGCAGCAAUUUGGUGGUGAGACGUGGGAAGCCAGAAGAAGUAGUCGCUGACCUGAUCAAGCAACUUGGCUCUGUCAGCAGUGUAGCUUUCCAUGAAGAGGUGGCUUCAGAGGAGCUGAAUGUGGAGAAAAAGGUGAAGGAAGUCUGCGCUCAGAUGGAAGUGAAAGUUCACACCUGCUGGGGCUCCACACUGUUCCACAGAGAUGAUCUGCCAUUCCCGCACAUGGCCAGACUUCCUGACGUGUACACCGAGUUCAGAAAGGCCGUGGAGAGCAAGAGCAGGGUGAGACCCGUGUUCCCGACCCCAGACAGGCUGAAUUCUCUCCCCCCAGGGCUAGAAGGUGGAGCUAUCCCUACAGCAGAGGAUCUGGAGCAAACUGAGCCUGAGACUGAUCCUCGCUCAGCUUUCCCCUGCAGUGGUGGAGAAAGUCAAGCUCUGGCCAGACUCAAACACUACUUCUGGGAUACUGAUGCAGUUGCCACAUAUAAAGAGACUCGUAAUGGAUUAAUCGGGGUUGAUUAUUCCACCAAAUUCUCACCUUGGCUGGCAAUGGGAUGCAUUUCUCCCAGAUAUAUUUACCAUCAGAUCAAAAAGUAUGAGCAGGAGCGGACGGCAAAUCAGAGCACCUACUGGGUUAUCUUUGAGCUUUUAUGGAGGGACUACUUCAAGUUUGUAGGAGUAAAGUAUGGAAACAAAAUGUUUUUUAUCAAAGGGCUUCAAGACAAAUCGUUGCCAUGGAAAAGAGACACAAAGCUGUUUGAUGCAUGGAAAGAGGGACGAACAGGGGUGCCUUUUGUAGACGCCAACAUGAGAGAGUUGGCCAUGACGGGCUUCAUGUCCAACAGGGGGAGACAAAAUGUUGCAAGCUUCCUCACCAAAGAUCUGGGCCUGGACUGGAGGAUGGGGGCUGAGUGGUUCGAGUAUCUGCUGAUUGAUCAUGACGUCUGCAGCAACUAUGGGAACUGGCUUUACAGUGCCGGUAUAGGAAACGACCCCAGAGAGAACAGGAAGUUCAACAUGAUCAAACAAGCUCUCGACUAUGACAGCAAUGGGGACUAUGUGCGCCAGUGGAUCCCAGAGCUGACGGCUGUCAGAGGAGGAGAUGUGCACACUCCCUGGAACCUCAGCUCCGCCGCUCUGUCACGUGCUCGUGUGUCGCUUGGCGAGACCUACCCCACCCCUAUAGUGACAGCGCCAGAGUGGGGCAGGCACUUUAACAAGAAACCGAGUGGACCAGGACCGUCACAAAAAGGAAAGAAAGGGCCUUCUCACACCCCCAAACAGCACCGGGACCGGGGCAUCGACUUCUAUUUCUCUAAAAGUAAAAACCUGUGAAAAGAAAACGCUAAGCUGAGUUUUAAACAGAUAUAUGGUAUGGCUUUUUAUUUAAUAGGGAAGUUGUUGGACGUUUUGGGAACUGUGUUUCUUGGCUGUGAAAAAAUAAAUAAAAGUGCCUCCUGAUUCACCUUUCAUAGACUCUGCAGCUUUUCAGAACAUACAGAAUUGUCAGUGAAAGUCGGUCUGAUCUUUUUUAAUUUCUUUUUUGCAGCAAAGUUAUUUUUUUAUCAACAUGUUUUCUCCAUAAGAGAUCUAUUUGAAUGUUUGUUCUUGCUCUGUUUUUGAUGGUUACAAGGUUGUUGUUUUUUUCCAAAGAUGUGUGUUAUAAAAUCUUGUUAUCUGGUAACUUCUGUUUUAUGCUCCAAACUGUUUUUUUUUAUAUAUUUUAUUCUCUGAGGGAAGAAGGAAUUGAGAUUGUUUUAUGGUACACUGCAUAAAGAGGAAUUGAAACUA